AUGCCAAAGAGGCGCAAGCGCAGCAAGAAAUCGGUCGUCGAUGCCACCGGAAAGGACCGCAUCAGCGCACUGCCUGACGCUAUCCUCCAGGUCGUGCUGUCCUUUCUGCCCUCGGACGAGACGGUGCAGACGUGCGCGCUCUCCCGGCGCUGGCGCCACCUCUGGAAGUCCACGCCCGCCCUGCGCAUCCUCUAUACUGAUCUGAGGUACUGGAGUGUCAAGGAGAUGAACGUCUUCGUGAACUACCUCCUGCUCCUCCGUGACCGCGCGCCAUUAGACGAGUGUGAGAUCAGUUACCGUGGUCAAUUCAGCGACGAGGAACACGCUGACAUAGUUCGGUUCUCUGGUAUGUGGAUCCACUACGCCCUGUCGUUAUGCCGAGCUAAGGUGCUCAAAAUCAACGUCGGCAUCCCGCUGACGCCUGGCAACUCGGCUCUCGUCUCACGGUUCCUCAGGAGGCUGGAGCUUUGUGGAGUGAGCUUGUGUGAACAUGCUAUAGACUUCUCAGGCUGUCCCAAACUGGAGGAUCUGAAUCUGCGCUAUUGCGCAAUCAAUGGCCACAAGAUUUCAGCCCAAUCAGUGAGACGUCUAAGCAUCAUUCAAUGUGCUAUCAAUCUGGAUUCUGAUACCCGCAUACGUAUUUCUGCCCCAUGUCUCGUAUUCUUGCAACUAGAUGGUGUUAGAGGAGGUGUUUCUUUGCUUGAGAGCAUGACAUCAUUGGUAACAGCAUACAUCAGGCUUGGUGGAAGUUACUUGGAUUCCUGUUCACAUGUAGAUUACAGGGAUUGUGAUGAUUGUUUAGCCUAUGAUGAUGAUGGUGGUGGUGGUGACGGCAAUGGCUGUGUGCUCCUUCAAGGCCUGUCAGGCGCCACCAGCUUAGAGUUGAUUACUACCGAUCGUGAUGUGUUCAUUUUCAGAAAGGAUUUGAAACGGUGUCCUACAUUUAGCAUGUUAAAGACAUUAUUGCUCAAUGAGUGGUGUGUGGCGGCUGAUUUUGGUGCACUAGCUUGCUUUCUCCAGCACACGCCAGUUCUAGAGAAACUUGUUCUUCAACUUCGACUUGAUGUGUUACAGAUAUGGAAGUUUGUGACAAAAAUAUAUGAAAGCUAUAACCCAACGGUACAAUUCUUGGUGUUGAAGCAUCUCAAGGUAGUUGAAAUCAGAUGUGAGAAGGAAGAUGAGCAGGUUCGCCAGAUUGUUAAGAUCUUGAGUACCUUUGGAGUAUCUUCUGAUCAAAUUGAUGUCCAAGUUAUCCAACAUACCUACUUUUCCGAGUUUUCUCCAAGAUUCAGUUUCGAGCAAACAUAGACCCUGGAUUGAUGGUGCAUAUCCAAUCCCCUGAUCACUUAGAUAUGUGUGUCGUAAUUUGCUGCUAUGGGUUUGCGC